GCAAGUGAUCCAGUCCUGUUUACCCUCCUUCAGCUGUGGGUGUGGUGCCCUUCCAUCUGUUCAGGGUUGCUUCCUUUACCUUACGGAUGUCAGUGUGUUUAAAUGUCAGGAAUAGCAGAUAGAGAUGCCAUCUGUUUGAAGUUAUUCUGUGACAACCUCCAAAAUGCUGCACAGUAAAGCUACAGAAGAAUCAGCUGGAAAAUAAGGCAGCAGGAAUCAGAGGGUGCAGCUACAACUUGGAUCUGACUUUAACUGCAUGUGGUGGAGUUGAGUCAUUCCAGCCAGCGGUGCCAGAGAGCUGGGUUUGGAAACUUUUACUUUUCCAUAGCUUUGUGGAUUUUUAUCCUGCUCUUACCUCCUCUGAGCGACCAAACAGCAGCUUCCAGUUUUAGAUUUAGAAAAUUAGCUCUCUGUUAAGACAUGAAGGAGCUGUUGGAAUACGAAAAGAAAAAAACUGUUUAUUUUCAACAAACUGGAGCACAAACAGGUUGUAUUUUCUCAUGUGAAUUAGCUUAACCAUUUCAUGCUUUUAUCUGUUGAUAAAAACUUGAGCUUGCAUGAUGCUGGAAGCACUUUGGCCAAUUUAUGCAUGCGACUUGGACACACUCAUCACACCUGCUUGGACCAAAGACUUUUAUAGAAGCAAUAUAAAUAGUGAGGAGAUGUGUACACAGUGGAACAAGGUCAUGUUCUUCCUUGUCAAUUGUUUCUGGAUGACUUUACCAAUCCUUUCAUAGAAAUGUCUCAAUCACAGCAAACUGAGCAGCCAAAAAUUGUCUUGACAUUUUUCAGGAACGUCUCACAAGAGCAAAUAAUGCAGAAAGAGCCGGAUUCUUUCUCUGAUGUCAUAAUGUAGGUGAAAAGAUUACUAAAUCUUUGAGACAUCUAACCUCUCAGGAAGAAAUAAAUUACUCAGACACAACAAAUGAGAAAAGUGAUAAUUUGACUCUAGAAGAGCAGGAAAGCAGAGCGACAAACAUGGAAAAUUACUCAGAAGAACAGAGCUUUAGAACAAGCCACAAGCAAAGAAAUGAGGUGGAUAGAGACAAAGUUCAUGGCUGCGAGAAUGAUAAUUCAUUGCACGAUAAAUGUGUGUUGGAUGAAGCUCCGAAGUCUCAAUGUCAGCACAUUCCCACCGACAGCGCAAUAACAAGCUCUGAUUUUUCUGCUAACACAAAGGAAACCAACCAGGAUAUAAAACAGAGUCCCAAUAAUACUCCAACUGCACACUGCCAGGAGGAAUUUGUAAUGAAUACAAAUCUUGGUGUGGAUUUUGAACCUGUGGAGUCUGAGAAUAGCAGACAAGCUGAAACCGAACAUGCUGUGGUAACUGCGACACUCACAGGGCAAUCUGUUCAAGAACAGGACUGUCAGGAAGCUAAAGAUACAGAGGAGACAGUAUGUGUGAAGGAUGAAGAACUGGAGCACAAAGAUGUGCUUCCAGACUCUUCUAAACAGCUUCACCAUCCUUCCAGUCCAAGUGAUGCUUCAUCACAUAUUAUCAUAACAUCUGCACCCCAGUCUACUAAUCCUCUACCUCGAUCCACCCUUACCAGAGCCACCUUCUCUCCAGGAUCUCCUACUGACAAGCAGAUCCAACUUCCAGCCCUGUUCAGUGGCCUGAGGGUUUUGAGGAAAGGAGUUGUUGGGCCUGAGCAUGACACCGUGGCUCAGAUUAAAUCAUCUCCUCAGGGAACAAAAAAGGCAGUUUCAGCAGAAAAGCUGGAUGAUGUCAAAGCUCAGGGGGGCUUCCUGGACCAGAUCUCCCAGUUUCUCAGUCGAGAAAAGAAGGGAGAUGGAAAAGAUGAGGAGCUGGAGGCUGAAAAAGAGCAAGAUGAACCCAGAGUGAGUUCAAAUAAUAGUCAGGAAGCUGAGAGGGAAGAGCUUCAAACAGAAGAAGAUGCAAACGUCUCACAGUCAGUCGAGUCUGCAAAACCUGUGUCGAGUGCUGAGGCUGCUUUCGAUGCUUUCAAGGCUUUUUUUACCCCAAAGCCCUUAAAAAAGAAUCCAGCAGAAAAGGUCGACCUGGAGGUAGUAAGGAAAAGGAUAGGAAAUGAUAAAGAUGUACUAAGAACACUUUUUGAGAGAAGCUCCAAAAAGACACUGGAAAAGAAAGACUCAUCGGAUGGCAGAUCAGAGCCAUGCUCUCCAGGAGAAGGAGAAGAGAGAACUCCUGGUCGUCUACAAGCCGUCUGGCCACCUCUUAAAGAAGAAAAAGUUGGACUGAAAUAUACUGAAGCAGAGCACCAGGCUGCUCUCCUGCAGCUGAAGAGAGAAUGCAAAGAGGAGCUGGAGAAGUUACAGGAGGACUAUGAGUUGGAUCUCUCCAGGUUGAGGACAGAAAAUGAGGACAAUGUUGCUCGUCUGGAGUUGGCUCUGGCUGAGCUGCAGGCUAAACUCUCCCAGGUUUGGACCCUCCGUCCAGGGGAACACAGGGAUGCGGCUGUUUCCACAGCAGAUGAGUUUCCACACAAAUCAUUCCGUACCGUUUGCAUCCAGACAGAUAGAGAGACUUUCAUAAGAAGCCCUGAGGAUGGAGAAGCUUUUGGGAGAGCCUGCACAAGCCCACAGCAGCAAAGGUUGAGCCCCAAAAAGCUGGACCUGGCUUCAAUCAGCCUCACCUUGUCUAGUCAGAGGGAGGAGACUUUGUCCUUCACUUCAUCACCUGUAUCUUCUGAUCAAAUUACCCCUCAAGGAGACUUUUCACCUCUGUCAGAACAGCCAGCAGCUGCUUCUCAGACUGCACCAAUUACUUAUCCACCUCCUCCUCCACCAUGUUUGCCACCUGUCACAUGCCAUCAAGGAUUAAAUGGCCCUCCGCCCCCACCCCCACCUCCUCCUCCAUCCAUGUCAGGCAUUGCUCCCCCUCCACCUCCUCUUCCAUUUGGAGGCCUCAUUGUUGAUAAACCUCCCAGGAAACCAGCAGUGGAGCCUUCCCAACCCAUGAAACCUCUUUACUGGAGCAGAAUCCAGAUCCAGGACAACAAUAACAACAUGCUGUGGAGCAUUUUAGAAGAGCCUCAAAUAAUCAAUACCAGCGAGUUUGAGGAUCUCUUCGCUAAAACGACAACAAAGACAAAAAGAAAACCACUGUCAGAGGCUUACGAGAAGAAAGCAAAACCCAGGAAGAUCAUUAAGCUGUUGGACGGCAAGCGCUCUCAGGCUGUGGGCAUCCUCAUAUCAAGCCUUCACCUUGAGAUGAAAGAUAUUCAACAAGCUGUACUGACCGUGGAUCAUUCUGUGGUGGACCUGGAAACAAUCGAAGCGCUGUAUGAAAAUAGAGCACAACCAGAGGAACUGGAGAGGAUCAAGAAGCACUAUGAGACAUCAGAGGAAGAGGAUGUUAAACUACUUGACAAACCUGAACAAUUUCUCUACGAGUUGUCUCAGAUCCCGGACUUCGCAGGCAGAGCUCGCUGCAUCAUCUUCCAGUCAGCCUUCAUCGAUGGGAUCGCCUCCGUUCACCGCAAGCUCAACAUUGUCUCUUCUGUCUGUGAGGCUCUGCUGGGGAACGACAGUGUCAGGGAGGUGGUAGGACUGGUGCUGGCUCUGGGAAAUCACAUGAACGGAGGAAGCAGAAUCAGAGGCCAGGCUGACGGCUUCGGCUUAGAAAUUCUCCCCAAACUCAAGGAUGUCAAGAGCAGGGAUAAUCGUAUCAGCCUGGUGGACUACGUGGUGUCAUACUACCUGCAUAAUAUGGACAAGAACGCCGGCACAGACAAGAGUAUGUUUCCUCUGCCUGAACCUCAGGAUGUCUUCCUGGCAGCACAAGUCAAGUUCGAUGACCUCAACAGAGAUCUAAGACAGCUCAAACAAGAUCUAACAAGGUGUGAGAAAGAUGUAAAGAAAGUUUGUUCUGAGUCUCCUGAAGAACACCAGCAGCCUUUCAAGGACAAGAUGGAGGCUUUUAUUCUCACUGCACAAAAGGAGCAUGUGGAAGCUUCAUAUCAGCUGAUGACUGUACAGAAAAGUUUCCAGGACCUGGUUCUUUAUUUUGGACUAAAACCCAAGGUGGGAGAGAAGGGGGUGACGACCAGUCACCUCUUCAUGCUCUGGUUUGAGUUCUGUGCUGACUUUAAGGUCAGAUGGAAGAGAGAGAACAAGAACAUCUCAAAUGAGAGGUUAAAAGAGGCUCAGCAGUCAGUGAAGAGGAUCACUGGAGAGAAGAAAGUAGAGACGAGGAAGAUCAACCCCAACAGCCUGAAAGAGAGACUGCGUCAGAAAGAAGCUAGCAUGUCUUUAUCUUAAAAACUCACAGGAACAUCUACACAGCUGGAUCAGACUGGAUGUGGACCAGGAAACCAAACCAAUACUUUUGCAAUGAACACACUUGUUAAAUA